UGCGUAUAGUUACACUUGUAUAACAACAACAACAACAACAGCAUCACCAUCAUCAUCAGCAUCUUUAUCCUUAGCAGCUGGCAGGAGGCAGAGACGUAACACUGGGUCUGCUUUUUACCCGUGGGUGCCGAAUGUCAUAAGCCUGGAGUCGAUUAGAGCGGUAGAUAUAUAACUUUCCGGGACUGGCCCAGAGGAAGUGGGUCUCCAGUUUCAAGCCGACACAGUUGCUAACUGAAGACAUCCCUAACAUCAGCCUAGAAGUGUUUUUACUUGACCGCUGGUGUGGGACUGACCAGAGUGGACCUCCUGCCGUGUCGAGCCUUGGGGCGACGGAAUAUAGCAAACUGACCACUGCGACUGUCAGUUACCUCAGCAGGAUCACUUGAGUUCUUGAAAAGUCAUCUUUUUACCGAAGAGCUCGAGUGAAGUUAUACGACGAUUCCGAAGGAGCAGACGAAAGUUAAGAGAGUGGUUACGGUGCAUAUUCAAACAUCGGGAGGCUCUGAUUCCCGCGUUUAAUAUCGUCUUUCAUCAGAAUGACCCAGACAAAGGAUACCCCUGCUAAAAUGGGAGGCGUAGCCAUGGUGACCUCGUGCCAUUGUCGUUUUAGAGAUGGUAGAGCGAUGUGUGGGGCUGUUUCCUCACCCUCUUCCAGUGACCCUUCCAAACAGUGCCGACAAUUUUCGGUAAAUCAGAACCGUUCUUGUGUGACGCAUGGAGCCAGGAGUACUGUACCAAUCUCUAUGUCGUCUGUUUAUCAUCAAUGUACGGUUUUUCUAGUUUUAGUGCAUGUACUGACAAUGCUCGUGUCAACAUCACACGCGGCCUCCUUGUCCCGUCGAGUCCCUAAAACCAUCCAACAGACUGCAGUGCAAUUCCUCUCCCGCUAUGGUUAUAUUUCCGGACCAAGCCGGGAACUGGAUGAUCUCCGGGCCCCGGAAGACUUUGAAAAUGCCAUCAAACGUUUCCAGAGAUUCGCAAGGAUCCCGGAAACUGGCACAAUUGAUCACAACACCCUGGCCGUCAUGGCCAAGCCUCGCUGUGGCAACAAGGACCUCGACGGCACCCAGGGCAUUUUCUCCCGCCGGAAGAAACGCUUCACGUUGGCGCCGUCCAAAUGGGAAAACAAGCGCAAGCUGACGUUCAGAAUUCUGAACUACAGUCCGGAUCUGUCAAUAUCUGAGACUCGCACAGCGAUUUACAACGCCCUCUAUGUAUGGCAAAGGAAGACAACCCUUGAAUUCGAGGAGAAGAUCUUCGGGGAAGCCGACAUCAUGAUCAUGUUCGCCAGCAGGUAUCACCAGGAUGGCUACCCUUUUGAUGGCCAAGGCAAAGUUUUGGCGCAUGCGUUUUUCCCUGGUGAACAGCGUGGAGGGGACACACAUUUUGAUGACGAUGAGCAUUGGACCGUCAACUCUCAGGAAGGUAUUGACCUAUUUAUGGUUGCCGCCCACGAGUUUGGCCACGCCCUCGGCCUCGCCCAUAGCAACGUGCAGGGGGCGCUCAUGUAUCCAUGGUAUCAAGGUUAUCAGGAAAAUUUUGAGCUGCCCUACGAUGAUAUUAGUGGCAUUCAGACUCUAUACGGUGGUCGUCGUCCUCAACCAGACGACAACUUCACACCCCGCCUACCUCAGAUACCGACAAGGUCCCCGGAUGAGCCGAGCAGCACGCCCCCUACCGGCACGCCCCGCUCCAUCGAUCCAGAAGGAUCCAUUCCGAACCCUUGUACAAUGUCGUACGAUGCCGUCGCUAUCAUACGACAAGAGGUCUACAUCUUUCGACAACGAUGGUUCUGGCGCUUGAACAAGGACGGUGUGAUACACGGAUCGCCGGUACAGAUUCACCAGUUCUGGCACGACUUGCCCACCCAUAUCGACCACAUAGACGCUUUGUACGAGGAUCCUGAAACGGGAAAAAUCAUCUUCUUUAUAGGUGACCGGUAUUGGAAGUUCGAAGCGAACUCGCUGGUGAAUGGGUUCCCAAAAGAAGGGAGACCACUCUCAGAGUUCGGAUUGCCCAGUGAUGUAAAGAAGAUAGACGCUGUGUUCGUGUGGUCGUACAACAAGCGGACCUACCUGAUCAGUGGAGACAUGUACUGGAAGUUGGACAGUAAGAACGUGGCGGAGUUCGACUACCCACGUGACAUGAGCGUGUGGAGAGGUGUGAAACUUCCGGUGAACGCCGCCUUCAAGUACUGGGAUGAAAAGACAUACUUCUUCCAGGACCAGUUUUACUGGGAGUUUAAUGACAAUAGCAUGGCAGUAAAUCACAUAGACCCCAAAAAGUCGUCCACAAAAUUCAUGCGUUGUGAAAACGCCGAGGUGAAUUCCGCCGAGCAGAUGUACUCCGCCAGUCUCAACAAUGCCGUGGAGCAUUCUGGGAGUCGAAUCACGUCAUCUGCUGUUGUAUUACUUCUCCUGACUUCCAUUCUCUUAUCGAACGAUCUUUAAUGAAGGAUUCCCCAAUUAUUAAUCAAAGGUGAUAUAAUGUAGGCCUGCGAGCCAAAUCAAAAUGUAUUUAAAUUGGAAAAGUCUUUAAAAAGAUAUUUGGAGUUGCAAAAGAGCUUGAGCUUGCGUUUGAAAGUAAUUGAUGGGGAAUUGAAUGUUUGCCAACACUGAAAGUUGUAUUGCACGUGCAGGGUAUUGAAGCUUGAGAUUUUUUUAAAAUACUUCCCAGUUGCAAUGUUCGCAAGGUGUUUUGUAUAAGCUCUUGUACAUUUUGUAAGUGCUAGAUUGUAUAUUUUGAAAAAAAAAUCACCGUAGGCAUAAAAACAUGAGCCUAUUUUUAAAUUUGAGAAUUAAUUUUCAGAGUGAGGCUGAUCCUCAAACUGCGGAAGUGACAACACUAUGUAUUAUCACGUGAUCUACAGGCGAGAAAUUACGAUUGCUCAGAACCAAUCCGAAGAACGUAAACAAAAUAUGUACUUUUUAAUUUAUUCAAGAUCAUUGUCAUCUAAAUAGUUAUGAUUGGUUGUCAAAAGUCAUUUGUGCAUUUUGAAGACGUGGCACAUAAAGCUCACAUGUAGACACCAUUUGACCAAUGACUUUAUUAACCCUGAGUUUAUCGCCAUCAUAAAGUUUACCACUGAGUUGUUCACGAGACCAAAUUAUUAUACAGUUUGAUACAAGAUUUUUUUUACCUUUGUGUUUUAUAUCAUAUUUAAUAUAUAUACUGUGCGUUUAGUUGCAUGAAGAUAACUCCUUGACAAUUCAGAGUAUGUAUUUUAGUAUGUAUUAUUGCAAAAAUAUUGUUUAAAAUUGAGUGCGUGUGAAUGUCAUGUGUAAAAUGAGUUCAGAAAAGGUCGACAUACCCGUAUUUAUUUUAAAUGCAUAUAGACGAAACAUUUUUUCAGAAUUCUCGUGACAUAUUAUUUCGUUUAGGCCUAAACUUUCCGCCUGGCAAGUACCGUCUAAGGAUGAGUCAGUGAUAAAGAAAACGUUGCCUUGGUCCACGUGUAAAUGACGUCACCAUGCAUGGCUGUAGGCCUAUUUAGAUUGUGCAUGAAAGCUAUGCUUUCAAGCAACUUUGACAUUUUGUAUGAAGCACAUAAUCUCACUCCUGACGUCCACCCCAAGCUCAGUUAUUGGUGAAUUUUACAUUUUUCACACUCAGCGAUUUUCAGGCAUUGUUACCUCCUCGGAGAUUUUUCAGCAUUAUUACCCCUUCGGUGAUUUUCAGCAUUAUUACCCUCGUCAGUGAUUUUCAGCAUUAAUGACAACCUCAGAGAAUGUAUAGCUGCCGAUGUCAACUCCAUCGUGAUACAUGUAUUCGUUCUAUAUGCAUUAGCUCUGCUUUUGCAAUCAAAAACAUGGUCCCUUUUAUGUGAUAAAGCUGCCAUCCAACAACAACAACAAAAAGACAAUAACGGUUGCGUCCAAUUGUUAGUUUUGCUCCGAAGUAGAGAGACUGUCGAGUUAAAAUGGCGUUUCAUUACAAAUCGCAAGCAAAGAUUUCAUUUCCCUUGCGACUGAUUAGUUGUUGUGCAUAGAGCACCAUGCAGGGCGACAGUCUUCUAAACUGAUAUUUGUUGCCCGUUAAAAGCCAAUGAACGCAGGGCGAAGGUUUCAUCCAAUGAUACCAUUCGAUACAAAAUAAGGUUGAAUUCACGCAUUAUCUACUCAACCUCCCCACUAGCUCAAGAAAGUAGUGCCAAAUGAGAGCUUGAUAAAAUUAAGUACCUUAUAUUUAUAUUCGUUAUGAGGGUGUGGCAUCAGCCGUUAACUCUUACACUUACGGUAUUGUGAAUCCUUAUACAUGUACAUUUUUGUCAGUCCUCCCCAAGCGCGUGGAUUUAUCCGCAACAGACCGUAGAAGCAAUGUGUAAGUCAAAAUUCUAUACAUUACAGCGUGUAAGUGUACGAUUUUUAAAUGAGUGUGCAAGUGUAUCCCAGAAUGAUAUAGUCCGUAAUGCUGUCACAAGUUAUACGUGGUUGCUUUAAGAUGUCACUGGCUUCAGAUCUUAAGGUAUUUUUAUUCUUUAUAAAUUUGUAUCACUGCUGAUUGUAUGGAAGACGUGUUCCAGUCUGUUUUCACACUCAGAACUUACCAAUAUGAGAUUAUGUCAUAUGAUAUUAUAUGUUUGUAAAACUAAUGCACGGUUGUAUCACACAUCCUUUGAUAUUUAUUUAGGGAGAUAUGUUUAGCAGGAAGCCUAGUAUUUCCUGAGAAGCCUAUGGCUGAAAUUUGGUAGAGAAACAGCAAUAAGAAGGUUACCCAUUAAUCACUCGGUGGGAGUUACAUGUGACAAGAAUGAUCCACUGCUUAUCAUAGUAGGUCGGCUCUGUGGGAUAUCAGGAAUAUAGUCUCCAUACUUUGUGGCUAUGAACUUAUGUGGGUUGUGAUAUGACCCAGCUUUGGUUGUAAAUGUCAGAUAAUCGUACGUAUGGGUGGAAUAUAAUCAGGUGACAAAGUUACAAUAUGUGAACCUAAAUUUUUGCACCUAGCUUUAUUUUGCACGUAUAACUGCACCUUAGUGAAUGACGUGCAAAGACGAGGAGAUUGCAACGCGGUACUGAUUUCUCAUUACGCUGUACGUCCCAAGGAAAUAGUCUUCUCUCUUUGUGAGAAAUGUGCCUUGCGCGGGUUCUGAGAGAUUCGACUGAUGAGUCUUUGAGAAAGAGAGCUCGUGUAUUCUUCCUGAGUUAGUCUUAGCAAAGCACAGCACCAGUGAUGAUUACAAACAUACAUUUAUACUUAGAGCGAAUUACUUGGGCUUGAGCUUGGAAACAGAGCUUUGGUUCAAGAACAACAACAAAAAAAAUUGCAAGCUUUUUUUGUCUUUCCUCUUUAUUUUCAUAAACUGGUUCGGGUUUGAAUUUUUAAAAUAGCAAACCAAAUAUCUGACAAUUUUCAGUGAUGAAUUUGCGGCGUUAUGAAGAACUUUAAACAGUUUUAGUUCGUGCUUCAAACAGUUAAUUUUCAUGGGGUACAACAUGCAUAAGCAACUAAAGGUCGUAUAAACAUCUUAGCAAAUAUACAAGAGAAAUCCGAAAGAAUAAUUUAAAAAUAUAUCAAUACCAUGCACUAUAGUGAUAAAAGAAUGGUUGUGUACGGAAAUCCCUCAUCUGGUAUAUAUUGUAUGUUGAAGUUUAUGUGUUUGUGUAUUUAUGUGUAUUUUCAAACUUUAUUUUCGCCAGUACAAUGCUAUCAUACAAAAAAGGUUACGGGCUUAUUCAGUGUAUUUUAUGUUACGUACGGUAUUGUCUUGUAUAUUUGUCUAAAUGUAGUCUGUCACUAUUCAUUAUAUAUACACUGCCAAAGUAAGUUUAUUUCUCAGCACACAUCUGAGUCAGAAAAUCAAUAUUUAUAUAUAAAGUAAUUUAUUGCACCAUUUGUUUCCAGUGUUGGGUCGUUUGCUAAUCUGUACCACCCAUAGUAUAUAUUAGUAUAUAUAGAGAGUCAUUGCCAUAUAGUGUAAAGUUCUGCAGCAUUACUUUUUGUUACAGUACAGUUUAAAAUGGCAUAAUGGUUUAUGGCAUAACAUUGUAAUGUUCCCAUUCCGUGUAAUAUUAUAACAUUACACCGUAAUGUUCCCAUGUGGUGUAAAAUAAUGGCAUUACGCUUGAAUCUUCCCAUGUGGUGAAAAUUAUGACAUUACGCUGUAAUAUUCCCACAUGGUGUAAAAUUAUGACAUUACGCUGUAAUGUUCCCAUGUGUUCUGUAUUGUCCCAACGUGAUGUAAAAUUAUGGCAUUAUGCUGUAAUUUUCCUAUUCAGUGUAAAAUUAUGGCAUACCGUUAAGUUCUGCUCAAGACAGGAUAGCAACCAUGGUUAGAAUUAUACUGCGGAUCCUGUAUAAGGUUAAUUCUGUUUCUUAUUUUCUGCACUCGAUGAACACUCAGGUUUUCGGUAUAGUAUUGAAUAGAAAAACACAAUGUAGAUAUAACUUAUUUCUGUAUCUUUAUCACCUGAAUUCUUGAAAUAAGCAUGAAAUAUGUUGUCAAUUAUAAGUUUGUUAUUGGCUUCCUUUAUUUUUGUGUUUUUUGUAAUUUAUCAUUUUUCAUGCCUCGUGUUUCAUCGGUUAAGUGAAUUUUACUUUGUCGAAGAUCCACUUGACUAAUCGAGUUAUUUGUCACAGGAAUCACCACAAGUCUGUUAUUCACAACAAUAUCACUAUCACCCCUAUUCCAUACAUGGACUCGAUCGAGCCCAGACCCUUUGUUCUUCCAGUUUGCUAUGUUCAGCAGAUAUUCUGAACGAAUGGUUUCAGUGUUUAUGUAGCAUAUAUAUGUCCCUUUUUCGCUGCUUUGACAUGCAUGUACGACAUUUAUGUGUUGUCUGAGAAAGAUUUCAUUCAAAAACAGUAUGGGUUAAAUUAUGGUUACAAAGUUCUUCCAAAUCCCGUUUAAUUUCGAUUUUCAAUUGCACAUUGCAUUGCCUUUCCCUCAUUCUUUUCCAUUGAAAUGUAGGAGUUGUUGGCCAGACAUGAAGUGGGGUGUGAUGUGUAUUUUUGUGACUCUGGAUUUAGAAAGAAUUUGUGGCGGCUAGACCAGUUUACGUCAUUAAGUUCUCGUUUCUGAAGACAAUCCAGUGUAUAUGACGCCACAGCUUCCAAAAAAAAAAAAAAAAUGACGACACAGGCCUAGCCUACUUGCAACCAAGCAAUGCAUGUCAGAUUUUUUUUUUUAAAUUUAUCCGAUGAAUUGAGUAAUUUAUGGUUUUCAAUAACUGCAGUCGUGAAAAUGUGAAGAACAAAAGUUUUUUUUCCUGGAGUACAAAAUACAUAAGCAUGCCACAUCCAAUCCAGACGAUGCAGCUUACAGCGGCAUUUGUGGUCGUUGUUUAAUUUGUUGACGCGAUGUAUUUGGCUUGUUAUGGUGAACUCAAAAUAAAUUUUUCUUUGUA